GAUGAGAUCGAGGAGGUGUCCCACGAGAUGCUGGCCCUCCUCAUCGAGAAACACAAUUACGUUGCGGUCCUUAUAUAUAAGGCUAAGGAUAAGAAUAGCGAGAAAUUGCUUAAGGAAUUAGAACAUAUUGACGACGAGUGCGACGAAAAGGGAAUCGUUUUCUUGAAAACCGAUGACAAGGAAGCGGCCGAUAAGUAUGGCAUCAAAAAGCUACCGGCGAUCCUAUUUUUCCGAUUCCAAGUGCCCACACAAUACACUGGGGCUGACCUUAUGAACGAGGAACAGGUGCUCAAGUGGUUUGUGUCGCAACAGGAGACCGAUGAGAUCGAGGACGUCAACAGCCGUACCCUUAAGUCCCUGAUUGACAACUCGGACUCAUUAGCCGUACUCUUCUACGACAGUUCCAGCACUAAAAGCACCGGGGUCUUAAAGGUAAAGGUGCUAAUAACUACAUACCUAUUACUUAACAUACCGUUCCCUUAUGGACAGGACUUGGAGGAGAUCGACGACGACGCCGAGAAGUAUGACAUACCGUUCGUGAAGUGCGACGACCUGUCGGUGGCCAAGGAGUUCGGUCUGGACGACGAGCUCCCGAUUCUGGUGUACUUCGAGAACCGGUUGCCCACCGUAUACGAGGGCGACCUCACGGACGAGGAGGCGGCCCUCCAAUGGCUUAUUAAACAGAAAACCGAGGAUACGGUAGAGGAGGUGACGGAGGAGAUACUCGAAGACCUUAUUAGGGAACGGGAGUACGUAUUGGUGUACUUCGCGCCCAACAACUGCAAAGAGUGCGACGAUAUCCUCCACAAAGUCUUGGAGACCAUCGACGACGACACCGACGAACACGGGAUCCUAUUGGUCACCACCGAUGACCUGACCCUCGCCAAGACCAAGGCUAAGAUCUCGAAGUUCCCGGCGCUGGUACUGUUCCGCAAUGGCGAGCCCGUGCAAUACAGGGGUGAUAUGCGCAAACCGGACGCCAUCUUGAAAUGGGUGACCUCUGAGGAGGCACUGGACCGACCGGAUCAGAUCGAAGAGGUCAACGACAAGAUGUUGAAUAAGAUGCUGGAGAAGAGCCCAUACGUGGCGGUGCUCUUCACCAAAGACAAGUGCUCCGAGUGUGACAAAGCCCUACAGGAACUCGAGAAUAUCGACCAUUUGGCGGAACAGGAGGACAUCGACUUCGUGAAGGUCAGGGACCCCAAAGUGGCCAAAGAGUACAAUGUGAUGACAUUCCCGGCGCUCAUGUACUUCCGGAACCGAUUCCCGCAGUUCUAUGAGGGGAACCUCAGGGAUGAGGACACAGUACUUAAGUGGCUGUUGGAUAAUAAGGAGGCCAAAGAGGAUGUCAUCGAAAUGGUGGACAGGCAUAUGCUGGAAGUACUUCUUGAUGACAUCGACUACAUCGCCGUGUUUUUCUACGAUGAGGACGACUGUCCAGACUGUGAGGCCAUACUCAGGGAACUGGAGAACAUCGAUGACGAUACCGACAAACACGGCAUACAUUUUGUGAAGACAUCUGAUGAUGAAUACGCCAAAGAGAUAGGGAUCAGUCAACUGCCAGCCCUCGUGUACUUCGAGCACAAGUCUCCCUCCAUAUACGACGGCGACCUCAUGGAGGAGGAGGAGCUGUUGGAGUGGCUGAUCCGACAGCGAACAGAGGAUACCAUUGAAAACGUGAACCGAGACAUACUGUUCCGUAUGAUCGCUGAGAAGGAAUACCUGGCCGUCUUCUUCUACCGGUCGGCACCGGGAGGUGACGACGAGUCCGACGAGAUUAUCGAGCACUUGGAGCGUAUCGACGAUGACUGCGCCGACUAUGACGUCCAUAUGGUUAAGAUCUCCGACAACCUCAUCGCCAAGAAGUAUGGCAUACGUGCGCCGCCAGGGCUCGUGUUUUUCCGGAGGGGAAAGCAUAUCAAGUUUGAUGGCGAUCUGUUUGAUGAGGAGGAGGUGCUCGAGUGGCUCACCCGACCCGAGAAUAUGGAACUGUCGGAUGCCAUCGAAAAAGUUAAUAAACGUAUGUUUGAGCGUAUGUUAGGCCGUACGGUAUACCUGGCCGUCCUAUUCUACAGUAAGGCUGACUGUAAGCAAUGCGAUAAAGUGCUCGAGGAGUUGGAAAGGAUUGACGACGAGGCCGAUGGCGCCGGUAUUAAGUUUGUUAAGAUAGACGACACACAACUGGCCAAAAACUAUGGUGUGUUUGCACUCCCGGGGCUCGUAUUCUUCAAGAAGGGAGAGGAAGAGGAGCCCAUUAUUUACGCCGGUGAUUUGAAAAAGUCCGAGAAAAUACUGGACUGGCUCAUCAACCAAAAGGACCCGUCUCUCGAUAAGAUCGAGGACGUGGACGCACCGGCACUCAGGAAACUCAUCGAAAACUCCGAUCAUUUAGCCGUUUAUUUCUCCNACCCGUCUCUCGAUAAGAUCGAGGACGUGGACGCACCGGCACUCAGGAAACUCAUCGAAAACUCCGAUCAUUUAGCCGUUUAUUUCUGUGAGUCUAUGGAAACAUAA